AUGCUAGAUUUCCUUAUCUGCUCAAUUGUCCGAAGUGAUCGGACAAAUAGCGCCAAGCAUUCGUCUUGGCAGAGAACCGCCGACGCCGAACUAAGUAGUCCUAUCACGGUAGGGUUAACUCUGGUUAUAUUUCUGCUACUUCUGGUACUCAUACUUUGUUACAAUCGUUUCCGAGGUCACCUCCACUCUAUCCCUGGUCCUUUCAUUAACUCGAUUUCCUCACUACCCAGGCUUUGGUCUGUCUGGAAAGGAACCUCGCACCUGGAAGACGUUGAAUUACACAAGAAGUAUGGCAAGAUUGUUCGCGUCUCGCCCACAAUCGUCUCCGUUUGCGAUCUAACUUUCUUCGAGUCCAUAUAUGGGAUCUCCAGCCAUUUCUACAAAGCGGGCUUUUAUGAAGCCUGCCGCUUUUACGAUGAAGAAGGCUUGAUACCAGACCCAUUGGUGUUGGCCGACAAGGACAUGCAUACGCGAAUGAAGCGCAAUGCUGCCAACGCCUAUUCUUUGCAGGCUCUCAUUCAAAUUGAGCCGCUGGUGGAUCAGGUCUUGAAGAGUCUACUAGAUCGUUUCGAUGAAAUAUAUGUUUCGCAGCGAAAAACCUGUGACCUAGGUCAAUAUAUGCUCUAUUUUGCGAUGGAUGCCAUUUUCACCAUCACAUUCGGUAAAAACCUGGACUUUGUUCGGAAAGGUGAUACUAAAAAGCUUUGCCACCAAGUCCGUUCAGGACUACCAUACAUCGCAUGCGUUGGUCAAAUUCCAUGGGCGCACAAGUUUCUUUUAGGAAAUCCGCUCGUUGCCAAGUUCUUGGAUGGGCCUUCCGACUCAUUGGCUGGAGAAAUCAUGGCUAUGGCAGUUGACCAGCGUGCAGCUGCAGAGAAGAAGAUCAACGAAGACGACGACCCUUCGGCUCCUUGUACUUUUUUGAUGCGACUAUUGAGAAAUCAAAGCAAAAGUCCGGCCUCUCUUACGGAUCGUGAGAUCAACUCCCACACGUUUGGCAAUAUUCUAGCGGGCGGUGACACCACCUCAACGGCGGUUAAGGCAAUUCUGUACUACCUCAUUCGUAACCCAGAGUCGAUGAACCGACUAGUUGCCAAACUUCGUGAAGCAGGUUUGGACAGCAAAGGAUCCAUAGUGUCUUACAGCGACGCAUCGAAGAUACCGUACCUUUCUGCCGUCAUUCGUGAGGCUAUGAGAUUGCAUCCUUCGGUGGGCAUGAUACUGCCCCGUGGGGUACCACCUGGCGGUGCUAUAUUACUAGACGAGCAGGGAAAAAGGUAUCACAUGGGUGGCGGCACCGAGAUAGGUUUCAACCCAUGGGUGAUGCAAAGGGAUCCGGAUAUAUUCUCGGAUCCUGAUUCGUUCAAACCAGAGAGAUGGAUCGACACCGAUGCAAGCCGCCUGAAAAGUAUGAAUCGCGCCUGGAUUGCUUUUGGCGCCGGGAGGCACUCAUGCUCAGGGCAACACAUCUCCAUGUUGGAGAUGACUAAACUGAUACCGAGCCUCGUAUUGAAAUAUGAGAUGGAAUGGGAAGAUGGUGCGCCUGACAUUGCUGUGGAGAAUUAUUUCUUCACGAUGCAAAGUGGAUUGAGAGUACGACUGAGCAGGAGGCAAUAA